AUGGCGGAAGUGCUUCACCUUUUGGAAAACAGGAAAGAUAAUAGAGUGACUUGGCACAAAGGCCUGAGUAUCGCUGUAUCUGUUUUAGAUGAGAUAUUCAUGACUCAAAUGCGAAGCUAUCUAGGGGAUUCGCUUAAAGAAGAGGAUUUUGAGGCACCGGGCUCGAUGAUGGAGCUUCAGUCUAUUCAAUCUACAGUAUUUUCUUUUUGGAGUUUUUGAAUUGUUUUUAUUAUGAUUGGAUAUCAGAUGAAGAACACUUUGCCAAGUUGUUGAAUACUUUUGUGUAUUAUGAUUCAAUCACUUGUAUAGGAAGAUCUGAUUAUUUCAAUUUGGAUUCGUUUUUUGUUUGUUGGAUUUACUGUUGGAAGCCGAUGAAGAUUAGAUUGAAUGGUUGCACAAAUUUUAGUGUUGAAAAGCAUCUAACUUGACUAGGACGGUCUAAGUCCUAUUUUCUUAAGGCAACUUUAAUUUAUAUGAAUGUUUUGGCAUAAAGUGUUGACAAUAUUUUAUAUGGUCAGAUAAGAUUUGGUAAUGAAUAAUACUUUGUCCACAUAUGUCCGAAGUGAAAUAUCAAUAUGCUUGAUAAUUUUUCAUUGAAACGAAACAGAUACAAAUUCAAAAGACUUUCUUCUUCCUCACUUAUUCUUCUUCUUUUUCAUCACUGGCCUCCAUCUUUGAAUCCAAAGGUAAGUCCUCCCAGUUAAUCUUUUCUUUUCUCUGCUUGUUGAUUGUCUCGCAGACCAUCUUCUUCUCUUUUGGCACCGGAUAAAACUUUAGCUUGACGUACUCAAAAAUUCAAAUGCCUAUUUUUCAGUAAAGAUUUUCCUUGUUAUUGAUAAGUAAGAUUGAUUAACA